AUGGAGAUCCUGGAAGCAGUGGAGUUGGUAGAAGGAAAUGCGGACAGGACAACCAGGAUAGGGACGACGCUAAGCCCUGAGAUGAGAGCGAAACUCAUAAAGUUCCUUAAAGGGAAUCUUGAUGUCUUUGCAUGGAGUCACGAGGACAUGCCAGGCAUAUCUCCAGAGAUCAUCCAGCAUAGACUGAAUGUGGACGCCAACAGGAAGCCCGUUCAGCAACAACGAAGAACUUUCGCUCCAGAGCGAGAUCAGGCAGUAGCAGAAGAGGUAACCAAACUAUUGACAGCUGGGUUCAUCCGGGAGGUAUACUACCCAGAAUGGCUCGCCAACGUCGUCCUGAGAGGAAUAGAAGCCAAUCCAGAAAAAGUACAAGCUAUCAUUGACAUGGCUCCACCCAAAACCGUCAAGGAUGUACAAAAACUUACGGGAAGGAUAGCAGCUCUAAACAGGUUCGUCUCCAGGGCCACAGACAAAUGCUUGCCCUUUUUCAAAACCCUCAAGCAGGCCUUUGCUUGGACUGACGAAUGCGAAGCAGCGUUCCAAGAGUUGAAACGAUAUCUGAGCACUCCACCUCUCCUGAGCCCGUCCAAAGGAGGGGAGAACCUAUAUUUGUACCUGGCAGUAUCAGCGUCGGCAGUCAGCGCAGCCUUGAUUAGAGAAGAAGGCAAGAAGCAACUCCCGGUGUACUACGUCAGCCAGGCCUUUCAAGGAGCUGAGUUCAGGUACCCAAGAAUUGAAAAGAUUGCGUUCGCGCUUAUAGUAGCUUCGCGCAAGCUCAGACCGUAUUUCCAGUCAAAUCCUAUCCUUGUAAUGACGGACCAGCCAAUCAAGAAGUCAAUGAACAAACCGGAAGCAGCAGGGAGAAUGGUCCAAUGGGCAAUCGAACUCAGUCAAUUUGACAUCGAGUACCAUCCAAGAGCAGCCAUCAAGGCACAAGCUCUGGCUGACUUCAUCGCUGAAUUCACUCUUCCAGAUGAAGAAGGAACUACCGACGAAGUUGAUAAAUGGAUAAUACAGACAGAUGGUUCGUCAGCCCAAAAGAGGGGGGGAGUAGGGGUCGUCAUAACCACCCCCGACGGAGAAGUGAUGAAAUAUGGAGUUCAACUGGAGUUCCCAGCCACCAAUAACGAAGCCGAAUAUGAAGGAAUAUUGACGGGCUUGAGGCUUGGAAAAGCUCUUGGUGCCAAAAACUUGCUUAUCCAGAGUGAUUCAAAGCUAGUAAUCGGACAGAUCAGUGGAGAGUACGAGGCAAAGGAAGAAAGGAUGCAGAAAUACCUUAAACUGACGAGGCAGCUAACCCAGGAGUUCGACACAGCGGAUUUCGUCCAGAUACCAAGAAACCAGAAUAUUGGAGCUGACGAAGUGUCAAAACUAGCGUCGUCAGAAGCAGGAAGGACGAGCACAGACGUGGCAAUAGAAGUUCAGAAAUACCCAAGUAUUGAAGAGGUGGCAGUGCUCACCACCCAGAGCACAAACACCUGGAUGACGCCCUUAAUAUCCUUCCUCCGAGACGGGCACUUACCCCAGAAUACUGACGAAGCCAGAAAGGUCAAAAAGAGAGCAGCCAGGUUCACGAUCCUAAAUGACGUCUUGUACAAAAGAGGCUUCUCUAUGCCCUACCUGAAGUGCGUCGACGAGGACGAGGCCAAAUACAUCCUAGAAGAAGUACACGGAGGAGUCUGUGGCGACCAUGCCGGCCCCAGAUCCCUAGUAAACAAGGUGAUAAGAGCGGGGUACUUUUGGCCAACCAUGCAGGGGGAUGCUGCUAACCUCGUCAGAAGAUGCAAUAGAUGCCAGCGGUACGGAAAUGUACAACGGCUUCCAGCAGAGAAGAUGACGACCAUAUCCUCCCCAUGGCCAUUCGCGCAAUGGGGAAUCGACAUCGUCGGUCCUCUGCCCCAAGGUAAAGGUCAGGCAGUACAGGUCGACCAUGAGGCCUAUAAAUCACUGAUUAACAAGAUUCCGCCUUGA